AUGAAACCCGAGACGACAGAAACGACGGUCCAUCGCCCUGUCCAUGAUUGUGUUUAUGGCCAUGGCCUGGAAUUUACCGCGGACGGACAAUAUGUCUGCUGGGGACGUGAUAAUAAAAAACACCCCCGGAACUGGCACAAAGCGCGCAAGGUCUAUGACACAACUAUAAUUCUGCUUCUGGAUUUCUUCAUAACCGGGACAAGCUCUGCUGGUGCACCAGCAGCGACCAGAGCCAAAGAUGACUACGGCAUUGGACGGGAGCUUUCUAUUUUCUGCUUCGUGACAGUAUUCCUCCUCGGCCAAGUCCUUGGGACUAUUGUGUUUCCACCAUGGUCCGAGUCGUUUGGUCGCAAGAAACUCUACAUCCUCAGUAGCGGUCUGAGCGCCAUCUUCUGUGUCGUCGUUGGCGUCGUCCCUUCGCUGGCUGGAACAAUUGUCGGCCGAUUGUUUGGCGGCCUCCUCUCUGCCAUCCCAUACACAGUGGGCUGCGGCAGCGUCGAGGACAUGUUCUCGUCAUGGGCUCGAACCUGGGUUCUCCUUUUCUGGACUGUGUCAUCCAACAUCGGUCUGAGCAUGGGACCGAUCAUCGGGUCGCAUAUUACCGAAGCGCUUUCCUGGAGAUGGCUGUACUACGUAUACGCCAUAGUCCUCGCCAUCCUCACGGUACACUUCUUCUUCAUCCGCGAGUCCCGCCCAUCCCAAAUCCUACUCACGGAGGUAGAGGCCGUGCGCCAGGAAACCGGCGACCAGAGCCUCGAAGCCCUCAACCACGACCACUCGCCCGACAUGCAAACAUUUGUGCGCACCGCGCUCUUCCGGCCCACGCAGCUCCUAUUCACUGAGCCCCUAGUCAUCGCCACAGCCCUGAUGAGCGGGUUCGCCUUUGCCCUGCUGUAUCUCUUCACCGAGGCCCUGCAGCUCGUCUACACAGCUCUCGACUUCACCCCCUCCCAAUCGACGCUGCCCUUCCUCGGUCUCGCCGUCGGCUUCUGGUUCAGCAUCCCCACGCGCCUGAUCGACUACCGCGUCUUCGCAUCCAUGCGCCGCCGGAACCUGCCCAUCAAGCCCGAGAGCAAACUCACGGGGCUCGCGAUCGGGGCGCCAGUCUUCGCCAUCGGCCUGUGGUGGUUCGCGUGGACGAUCCCGCCCAUGGUGCCGCUGCCGUGGAUCGUGCCGACGAUCUCGCUCCUGCUGGUCGGGUUUGCGCUGAAUGAGUUUGACACGGUGCUGUAUGUUUAUCUGGCGGAUGCGUACUUGAGUUACUCGGCGAGUGCGACCGCCGCGGUGCAGUUUGUGAGGGCGCUCUUGUCGGGCAUCUUUCCGCUGUUUACAAAGCAGAUGUUUGAGGGGUUGGGGUAUAAUGUUGCAGGGUCGGUGGUGGCGGCGCUGGGGACGGCGUUUAUUGCGGUGCCGGUGCUGUUUAUUAUUUAUGGAGAGAGGAUUAGGGCGAGGAGUCCGUUUGCGAGGUAUAGUCUGGAGUUGGAGGGGGAGGAGAAGGAGGGCUAG